AUGGAGGAAACAAUAUUACGGGGUCUUAUAAGUGGUGCAUUUGCUGGUCUUUCUGUUGAUCUAACUUUAUAUCCUAUCGACACUAUUAAAACUCGUUUACAGAGUUCUCAGGGUUUUAAUGCAUCGGGUGGUUUUCGUAAUAUCUAUCGUGGUAUGAGUUCUGUAGUAAUUGGUUCCGCACCUAGUUCAGCUUUAUUCUUCUCAACAUAUUCUUCAGUAAAACACAUUGUGAAAAGUGAAUCUCCACUCGCGAGUUCAUUUGCUGCUAUUGUUGCUGAAACUGUUGCCUGUAUCGUUCGUGUACCAACAGAGUUGGUGAAGCAACGAGCUCAGGCUGAAAAUGACCGUCCGAUCAUUGCCAUUUGUCGAGAUAUUUAUAAAAAUGAAGGAUUGUGUGGUUUUUAUCGCGGUUAUUCAAGCACAGUUGGCCGAGAGAUACCCUUUUCGUUUAUUGAAUAUCCACUGUGGGAAUUGCUGAAACAACAGAUUUCAUCGUUGUUUGGUAUACCAUACUCACCAUUUAUAUCAGCUACUUGUGGGAGUGCAGCAGGAAGUGUGGCAGCCGCUAUAACCACCCCACUAGACGUCACCAAAACGAGGAUAAUGUUAAAUGAAGAAAAAAAUCCUCCUGGCGUAAUCUUAACACUUCGAAAUAUUGCGCGAGAGGGAGGAGUGAAAUUAUUGUAUUCCGGUGUUCUUCCCAGGACUUUGUGGAUGGGAAUUGGUGGUUUUAUAUAUUUUGGUGCUUAUGAAUUGAUGAUGAAAAUAACGUUUUGGUUAUAUCCUAAAGUGGUUUAA